AUGUAUAAGGCAAAGUUGCAAGAGCUUUGCCAGAAGAAGAAGUGGGGCUCUGAACCUUCUCCUAGGGGACCUAUUACUGAAGAAAGUUCUCAGAAUCUUGAUGCUAAGUCAAAUGUUUCAGCUGUGAAAAAUGAUCCUUCAAUACCAUUCAUCAAACCUAACAAGGGAUGCCCAAAAGAUAUAGAGACGCCUCAGAGUCUCAAGAUUCAGUCCGAUGCUGCGACUGUCAUUGACGAUAUCCACUGUCAAUACAAGAUCCAGCUGCAGAAGUAUGCUCAACGGAAAAACAUCGGAUUGCCAUCAUAUUCUAUUGAAUGCGGAGGCGCUCACGCCUCUUGUUUUAAGGCUAAGGUUUUAGUCGGCGAGCACAUCUUCGAGAGCCUCAAAUUCUUCAACACCUCAAAGGAAGCAGAGAAUUCCGCUGCUAAGGCUGCCAUAAUGUCUUUGUUAAUAGACAACUUUCAGAAGGAGGAAUCAGGUCCUUACAAGAAUCGCCUGCAAGAGCUUGCUCAGGAAGAAUGUUUCUGCAUGCCGCUUUAUAAAACUACAAACUAUGGUGCCCCCCACAAGCCGAUAUUCAAAUCUACGGUGGAACUGGAAGGAGAAAUUUUCCAUGGGAAAGCAGCAAGCUCCAAGAAACAGGCAGAGCUGGAUGCUGCAAGUGUUGCCUAUGUUGCGCUUAUGGAACGUAAGUCGACGUAUAACUUUGCUUAA